AUGAAAGUGUAAAGCGCUGCACCAAUUAUCUAACCAGAAAAAUCUUCUCACCACACCUCAAGUUCUAUGUUUUGUGCUAAAUUUCUUCGUUCAACCAUCAAAUUUUCACUCAAUCAAGCUCCCAUCACUACUCGAGCUAUUUCUCUCUCUGUAACCACCACUACUUCCACUCUUGUGCCCUCAUGGACCCAUUUCUCUUCUGAUACCCACUCCAUCAUCUUGCACUUAUGUUCCUCUGCCCAAUCAAUCUGUGAAGUCAAGCAAGCACACGCUUUAGCCAUUCUCCAUGGCAAACUUGACCAUAGCGUUCGCAUUUGUUGCGCUCUGAUGCUAUCCUAUUCCACCUUCCAAGACUCUUUGACCUCUCGUCUCCUCUUCGAACAGAGCUCUCUAAAGGGCGGUGCCUUCUUGUGGAAUACCCUCAUAAGGGCAUACACCAUUGAUGGCUUUCAAUUUGAUGCAUUUGAGGUUUAUAACCGGAUGGUCUGCAAUGGCAUUCGAGGUGAUGAUCAUACGUUCCCAUUUAUUCUCAAGGUUUGUGCAGAUGUCUCUGCAAAUAAGAAGGGUAGGGAGAUACAUGGUUUGGUCUUUAAGUUGGGCUUUGAUAGUGAUGUCUUUGUUGGGAAUACACUGUUGGCAUUUUAUGCGAAUUUGAUGAACAUAUUGGAUGCACAGAGGGUGUUUAAUGAAAUGCCUGAACGAGAUAUUGUGUCAUGGAAUUCUAUUAUUACGGCUUUUUCAGUGAAUGGGUGUUAUUUAGAGGCGCUUUGUUGCUUUUUUGAAAUGAAAUUAAUGGCCGGGUUGCAACCGAAUUCAGUUAGUGUUGUUAGUGUGCUGCCUGUGUGUGCUGGGCUUGAAGAUGAGGUGACGGCAGGUGUGAUCCAUGGGUAUGUAGUGAAGGCUGGUUUGGAUUCUCAGGUGAUUAUUUGUAAUGCAUUGGUUGAUACAUAUGGGAAAUGUGGGAAUUCAAAAGCUUCAAGGCAAAUUUUUAAUGAAAUGCUUGAUAAGAAUGCAGUUUCUUGGAAUGCGAUGAUUGCUUGUCUUGCUCAUAAAGGGCUUGAUAGGGAUGCCUUGGAUAUGUUUAGGUCCAUGGUAGCUGCAGAAGUGAAACCUGACUGUAUCACCUUUUCAAGUCUGCUACCUACAUUGGUUGAAUUGGAAUUCUUUGAUCUGGGGAAGGAACUUCAUGGGUAUAGUAUAAGGAAGGGUAAGGAAUCUGAUAUUUUUGUUGCAAAUUCACUGAUUGAUAUGUAUGCCAAAUCAGGUUGUUCAAGCGAAGCAUCAAAUGUGUUUUAUAAGAUGGACGCAAGGAAUGUUGUCACAUGGAAUGCAAUGGUUGCUAAUUUUGCUCAAAACAGGCUUGAGUUAGAUGCUCUGGGACUUGUAAGACAGAUGCAGGUCCAUGGUGAAUGCCCAAAUUCUGUUACAUUCACAAAUGUUCUCCCUGCAUGUGCAAGAAUUAGUUUGCUUCAUCAUGGAAAGGAAAUCCAUGCCAAGUCAAUUCGCAUGGGGUUUGCUUUUGACUUAUUUGUCUCGAAUGCUCUCACUGAUAUGUAUGCCAAAUGUGGGUGCUUAACCUUGGCAAGAAAAGUCUUUGACAUGUCCUUAAGAGAUGAAGUAUCUUACAAUAUACUAAUAGUAGGUUACUCUGUGAGUUCAGAUUGCUUAGAAUCUCUGCAUCUGUUCUUGGAAAUGAGGGUUACUGGUCUGAAGCAUGACACGGUUUCCUUUGUGGGUGUUCUCUCUGCUUGUGCAAAUUUAACUGUAAUAAAAAAAGGAAAGGAGAUCCAUGGCAUGUGUGUGAGAAAGCAAUUGCACUCCCAUCUUUUUGUUGCCAAUUCAAUUUUGGAUUUGUACAUGAAAUGUGGAAGGAUAGACCUCGCAAGAUUGGUCUUCGAUGGUAUGUUGUGCAAGGAUGUAGCCUCAUGGAAUACUAUCAUUUUAGGUUACGGAAUGCAAGGAAAAAUGGAUCUUGCAAUUGAUCUUUUUGAUGCGAUGAGAGAUAAUGGUAUAGAGUAUGAUUCCAUUUCUUACAUCGCAGUUCUAACUGCAUGUAGCCAUGGUGGGCUGGUAGAGCAAGGGAGGAAGUACUUUGACCAGAUGUACUCUCAAGGUAUAAAGCCGACACAGAUGCAUUACGCUUGUAUGGUUGAUCUUCUUGGGCGAGCUGGGCAUUUGGAAGAGGCUUCGGAGCUUAUCAGAAGCCUGCCAGUCACACCAGAUGCCAACGUAUGGGGUGCAAUGCUUGGGGCAUGCCGAGUCUCUGGCAAUAUAGAGUUGGCUAGGUGGGCAGCUGAGCAUUUGUUUGAACUGAAACCAGAGCAUUGUGGCUACUAUAUACUCCUUUCAAAUAUGUAUGCUGAAGCUGGGAACUGGGAUGAGGCAAAUAAGGUCAGGGAAUUGAUGAGGUCUAGGGGAGUGAAGAAAAACCCUGGGUGCAGUUGGGUAGAGACCCGUGACCACAUGCAUGCUUUCAUGGUCGGAGAAAGGUUAGAGGCACCAGAAUCAUGGUUGUGGGAUGCUGAAUCUGGGUAAAAUUUAUGAUUAUCUGUCUCUCAAUGGUUGGAAGCCACUUGAGGAAAUUGAUGCUUGGUAUGGUGCGAAAAGCUUCGGCUGCCAGCGUUAAGAUGAGGGUUUGAGUCUUUAGAACAGCUACUUGUGCAAAAAAUGUCAACCUCUGAUCUGAUAGGGGCUGUUGCUUGGUCUGAUCGUGAAAAGCUAGAGCUGCCAGCAUGAAGGCAAAGGUUCGAGUAAUAAGAGUUGUUUCUUUGUGCAAAAACACCUAAGGUUGGUACUGUUU